UCCGCCGUCGCGGGGCGCGGGAGGCGCUGCGAGCAGCGGGAACCGCCUCAUGGCGCAGGCGGGGAGAGUUGGUCCGGAGGCCUGGGGGCGGCGGUGCGUGGGCGGGGAUGUGGCUCCGGUCUGCGCGCCUUGGCGCUGGGCCUCCGCGCUGCUCUGGCUGGCGGCGGCGGCAGCGGCGGCGGCGAGCGGCCCCUCCCGGCGCCAGUGGCCGGUGCCUUACAAACGCUUUUCCUUCCGUCCGGAACCAGAUCCUUACUGUCAAGCUAAAUACACUUUCUGUCCCACUGGCUCCCCUGUCCCAGUGAUGAAGGAUGAUGAUGUCAUUGAAGUCUUUCGUUUACAAGCCCCAGUGUGGGAAUUUAAAUAUGGAGACCUCCUGGGACACUUGAAAAUUAUGCACGACGCCAUUGGAUUCAGGAGUACUUUAACUGAAAAGAACUACACAAUGGAAUGGUAUGAACUUUUCCAGCUUGGAAACUGCACAUUUCCCCAUCUCCGACCUGAAAUGAAUGCCCCUUUCUGGUGUAAUCAAGGAGCUGCCUGCUUUUUUGAAGGAAUUGAUGAUAUUCACUGGAAGGAAAAUGGGACGUUAGUUCUAGUAGCAACCAUAUCAGGAGACAUAUUUAACAAAAUGGCAAAGUGGGUAAAACAGGACAAUGAAACGGGGAUUUAUUAUGAGACAUGGACUGUCCAAGCCAGCCCAGAAAAAGGGGCAGAGACAUGGUUUGAAUCCUACGACUGUUCCAAAUUUGUGUUAAGGACAUAUAAGAAGUUGGCUGAACUUGGAGCAGACUUCAAGAAGAUAGAAACCAACUAUACAAGAAUAUUUCUUUACAGUGGAGAACCUACUUACUUGGGAAAUGAAACAUCUGUUUUUGGGCCAACAGGAGAUAAGACUCUUGCUUUAGCCAUAAAAAGAUUUUAUUGUCCUUUCAAACCACAUUUGUCAACUAAAGAGUUUCUUUUGAGUCUCUUGCAAAUUUUUGAUGCUGUGAUUAUACACAGACAGUUCUAUUUGUUUUAUAAUUUUGAAUAUUGGUUUUUACCUAUGAAAUUCCCUUUUAUUAAAAUAACAUAUGAAGAAAUCCCUUUACCUAACAGAAACAGAACACUCUGGUUUAUAAAACCUUAAUUCUACUGCUUUUUUUUUCUACUAGCUCAUCAGUUUUUCAGGGAGUGGUUUUACAUGUGUGGAUUUCUUAGGCCUUUCUUCCUUGGGACAGAAAGGUAAAAUACACAUGGGCAGAAUUGCUGCAUAAUAAUAUCUCGGGAAUUUUUUUGGAAAGAAGCUGAAAACUCUUAUUGUGUUGGCCAAAGUGAACCCAUUAGGUGAUCUUGAUUUCAAUCUCCAAGGCUUUGUUAAUAUGGAGAAUUAUAUCAUGUCAUCAGAUAUACAGGAUCUUUGGACUCAGAAUGUGAAAUUGUGGAUAUGGUGUGCCAAAACUAAAAAUACUGUCAGUGACAUUGUCAUGGUGGGA